UUCCAAAACGGACAUAUAUUUUUGAAAUUUUAAUUUUUUUUUUAAUAUAAAAAAGAAAAAACCGCCUGGCAACGACCCAACGCAUCAAUACAAAAUCAGAGCAGCAGAACGCCUUGCGAUUCACUAUUAUUCGAAUUGGAACUGGAGGUGAGUGCGACUGUCUGACUCGAUCCCAAACUCUGCCCUAUUCUUCCUCCCCAGACUCCUCCUCCCCUGCUUCCAGAGCGUUAUUACAGAAACGGUUUGAUUGCUGCUGUACUUUGGUUGGUUCUUGGUUCAAUUAAACAUCGAGGUUUGUGACACUCGCUAGCAUCCAUGCCUCCUUCGGACAGUGUACUACUUGAUUCAGCCGGCCCAACACUACUUUAAUUAUUAAAGUUUAACCUUAUGCUUAGAAGACAUAACAGCAUCAUAUAGUACAUACCUUCGUGAAGUACCUGACUCUUUCAAUAAUACGCCGUCCAAAUCUCCUAGGAAGGAGAGGAAAAAGAAAAAAAAGAAAAGAAAAGAAAAGAAAAUAGGGCCAGGCGACCCGUUUUGCGAUUAACCCCUCCAAACUUAGGUUACAGUUGCCCGCAAUCCGCAACCAAACACAAACAUGGCCACAGGGAGGAGCCGGCGCACCGCAUCCCGCCCGACGCGGGCUCCGAUGCGCGGCACGUGAGGCGGCCCUCCCCGCAUUAACCUUGUGUCAGACGCCCCUCACGUGACGGGCACCAGCCAGGCGCCCCGCGCCCCACCACGCCACGUGUGCGUGCCCCCGGAUUGUCUACGCAAAGGUCGUACGCGCAUACGUGCGGCCGUGCACAUGCACGCACCCGGCCAAAGGCUGAAAGGCAGGGCUAGCAUGCUUCGCCGUCCACGUCAUCUUGCAGCCACCGGCUAGUCCUACCGCUCAGUCACCGACGCCUGGGCCCGACUCGUGAGGCCCACACGUCAGGGUAAAGGUUGAGAGACGAUCCGAUGGGUCCAGCUGGGCUUCCGUACGAUUUGAACGCCCUUUGUUAACGCGGCGGGGGCGAUUUGACCGGAGAUUAAAGCCCAUGAGACCGACAAAGCAGUGUUAGAACCAGGAAAGAUUAUUCUGAUACUCCCAGCAGCAAAGCUCCUUUCGCUAGGGCUCUUCAACGAUAAAAAUACUAUCAGGUCUGCUUGGGCGCGGUGUGCCCCAAGCUAGGGUUCAUGAUUAUAGGUCACCUACAGCUAGAAACAAGAGACAACAACAUCCAUUGCUUCAACAUCACUCUUCGCUAGAUUAGGAGUAGGAAGUGUCCGAACUCGUCUAGAAAAAUACUAGUAGUAAAAAUUACUACUACUAGCUGCUAGUCCUCUUAAUUCAACACCAAGCUAAGCCGCCGUCCUUGGGUCAAAUCCUAUAGAGCUUAAGGGCUUAUUUAGAGUUGGAGCUAUAUAUAUAUGAAGCUCACAUAGGCUUGGUUUUUUGCAAUUGCAACCUGAUCAGUAUUUCGAGGAUGAGAAAUGCUUCGAGUACUGCAGCCAUUUUGGUACUUCUAUGGUAGCAACGUUCCUUCAGAGUAUGUUCUCGAAUACAGGUGAAACAAACUUUCAACUUCACGUGAAGUUUCAGGUUGAGACAGCUUAAAUUUCUACAAGUCCCCACCUGUCACAUUAGGCUUGUUUGGAUACGGGGACGCCAUAUCAAAAUUCAUGGGAUUAGUUAAACUCAAGGCAAAUUGUGGAAAUCCCUAGAGCAAUCCAAACACCCUAGAAAGUUUAUUUGGAGCACACAGCGGAACAAUUUACCUUUUUUUUUUUGGUUUAGGGAAUAUAUAAAUUGCUAAACCUAGACACCGUGAAGAAUGGCAACAUUGAAGAAAACAGAAUGAGAAUCUUACUGUAGGCUUUCUUGUUUAUCCAUGCAUGCCAAAAAUACCCUGCACCGACCUCAGCCGCAUGUCAUGCUCAACCACUCUCCUCUAAUCUCCUUUUAUGGACAUUCAGCACCAUCAUUACGUGUAAGAAAAGGAUGACGAAAUGUUCUUUUUCCUGAAAUGCAUCAUAAUUUGCUCAAACUAUAGGAACUAAAAAAACACUUCUAAGACCAGGUACAAGAGGCAAGAAUAAAUGCAAUCAUGGUCAAGAUACUAAUAAAGAACAAUUCAGAUAUGAAACUGAGCAAUUGCUUUUGUUAGAUUGCUUCAUGUCUGUUUGACUUCCAGAGUUGGAGACCAAUCAGACAGUUCAAGGAGUUCCUGUCCAUCAACUCACCCUUCCAAGGGAUAAUGGACCAUUCUCUGCAAAACAGUUCAGGCCUUUUUGAUGUAUCAUAAAAAAAAAACACAUCAACCAUCGGAUGGAUGGUUCGGCGCCAUGUCAAAGCUUCUAGAGUGUAACAUGGGGCAGUACAGGGGGGUAAAAGGCCUAAAUGCAUCUAGGUGAAGAUAUUCAUUUACAAACCUCAUCCCGUCCAACCUGAGAUAAGCCAUUGCAAAAACUAUCAGAUCCACACCUGGAACAAGCCAGAGCCAUAUCACUAACUGUUAGAUACAUUCAAUCAGUAUUCGCCUUUUGUAAUCUAGAAUACAUACAUAUACUACUUGUAAAGGCCAAAAGGAGACAACUUAUUCAUUUGUUGCAAUUGUAGUAACUUGGCCGAAAUGAUAUCCCUGUUGAAAGGUUUUACAGCAAAGGUAAAUGGCUGCAGUCCAUACUCCCCACUCGGCCACUCUAUAACAACAGACUCUAAGCGAGAGAAAGUAACUGUAAUCUCAAUUUAGCAUUUCCAUUCAAAUGUAUGAAUACAAAACCAUAUAAAUUUGUAUUCGAAGCAGAAGCAGCUGAAGGGUGAAAAAGAAUCCAGAUUCCACAAAAUAACUCACAGAAUACUACUCGCGCAGAUUUUGUAGUGUACCAUUUGAAGUUUAAAACUCGAGUAAAACAGAACCUACCCUGUAGCAAACACGAUGGGGCAAUGCCCGAGACAGUAAUUUGUUAGUGGAGGCUGUCGAUUUGUAUUGUAUGCAUGUGUUGCCCAAGAAAGGCCGUACUCACCCCCACACAUAAGGCUCCAAACAAGGAAUCAAAGGGGCUCCUUGGGUACCGCAUUUCUUUUUUGUUUAAGAGAGGUGAGCUCUGGUGCCAAGGCUAGAGAUUUGAGCUUUAGUCAUAAGUUAAAAAGUUGGCACAAGGGUUGGGAAACACUAGAAACAGCAUCCACGUUCUCCUCACCUCCCCACCUCCCCUUUCCUUCCUCCAGAAUUGUUUUGUAUGUUUUGUUUGGCUCACUAUGUACAUGUCACAUUAGCCCAAUCUCCAAGAGAUGCAAAGGAUCUAUAUGGUAAAAUUUCCGGCCUUGCCAUGUUCCAAUGUCAACACAAUUGAACUAGUGAAAUAUUUCCUUUUAUAUUCGUUGGAAGAAAGUGGAAAUCCUAUCACAAUGGCAUUAGAAUUCGACAUCAACAGUUUAAUACAGCGAAUAAGAUUUUAACUAUAAUAAUCUGCUUUGCAUGAUAAUUUGUUGCCAUACCAAAAAUCAUGAUAUCAUAUAAAUUUAUGUUGUAAACGGUAAUUGACAACUUGUCCAUGUUAUCACAUUGGGUAAGACUCAUGAUUGUAGUCAUGCAAAACUUUUAUGCUGCUGAUUCACUUGUACCAACUUUGAAACAGAGUUGUCAACUGUAAAAUUCUUUUAAAAAAGGUAUUGUUCGUUUCAUGAUUAACCUGGUGAAACUAUCAAUGGAAUUAGCAGACUUAUCUAUGAGAAGGGAAAGGAACUUUGUGUCAAAAUUAUUGAGUGAUCUCAGAGCAGCUAUUGAAAAUUUUGAUAGGGUCGAUUUCAGGAAAUUCGAUGGAAUGCAAACCUGGUACAAACUGAUGUUGCAGUCCCUUCCAAUGAAAUCGCAAAAUCAGAACCCCCUUUUUGAGUAUAGCACCCCAACACCUAUAACAGCAAUUACGGAACAUGUUCUAAAUCUGAUUCAAAAAGUAACUACACAUGCCUAUAACUCUGUCAUAAAGCAAGGUGCAUUCCAUGAUAGUGCCAUAUAUUAAGGAGUCAAUUGUCAAAAGCCCUAUUGAUGCUAAUAUAUAGCCCCCCUCUCCUGGUUGUCUCAUUAAUACUUCUUAGCCCACUAACCCAAACCAUCAAUCCUUCACAAGCGUUCUCUCUCCCCCUCUCUUUCUUUCUCUCUCUCUCCUUCAAAACUCCCUGCCUCAUCCAACCCAGAACACACACAACACCAGAGGGCUUUUCACCUACAUACAUGAUCAUGCAGGCAAUGUGGAAGCCGGCAUGGUUAGAGGCCCUCAACACACAGAAGUUCUUCGUAGCAUGCUCCUUCCAUGAGCAUGCAAAAAAGAAUGAAAAGAACAUCUGUUGCCUUGACUGCUGCACCAGCAUCUGCCCACACUGUGUGGCAGCACACCGUGUACACCGGCUCCUGCAGGUGCGGCGGUACGUCUACCACGAUGUCGUUCGGCUGGAGGACCUUGAGAAGCUUAUUGAUUGCUCCAGCGUUCAGCCUUAUACCAUUAACAGCUCUAAGGUCGUCUUCCUGAAGAAGAGACCGCAAAAUAGGCAAUUCAAGGGGUCAGGGAAUAUCUGCACAUCCUGCGACAGGAGCCUUCAGGAACCCUAUUUCCACUGCUCUCUGGAUUGCAAGGUGGAGUAUAUACUACGGCAGAAGAAAAAUUUGUCAGCAUACUUGCGCCCAUGCAAGAUAUUGCAGCUUGGACCUGACUUCUUCAUUCCUCAUGAUGCUGAUGAUGACACAACUCACUCAACCCUUGUUGAUGUUGAUGAGCCCAUGGGAUCAUCAGACUCUGAGAAUUUGAGUGCGCCAUGCACAAAUUUUGUCCGGAAAAAGCGGAGUGGACCAUAUAUUUGUGCACGGUCUGCAAAUAGAGUGUCUGAUGAAGAUAUGGCCACAAAUAUGAGCAGAAGAAAAGGGGUUCCUCAUAGAUCGCCAUUGUGCUAAUAAAAAUCAAUAAAUAUUUUUUCAUUUUCUUUACUUUUUUGUGUUCUUUAUCUCUUGGACUAAGCUGGUGCAAUACUGACGGAAUUUUGUCUCAACGGAAUCAUGUGAUUUUAAUGUACAUCACUAGAGGCAAUUGUACUCAAAUUCUUCAAGUAGAUGCACCAGUUCAUAUAUAUGUAUGCUUUAACAUAGUUCAUGUUAUCCCCUUUUCAAACGUUCUUUAAGUAUGCUGUUCUUAUUGU